CCGUGCCUCGACCCGCCUCUGCGCUCUGCAUCGCCGUCUCUUCCUCCUUUUCCCCGGCCAGGUUUCUUUUUCUCCACCCAGGUUUCCUUUCCUCCGGGCCCUGCUCCCCGGCGCGCCAUGGCGGCGUCGGUCUCCCAGAAGCUGGAGGAGAAGCUGGUCUGCUCCAUCUGCCUGGAGCUGUUCAGGGUGGCCGUGACCUUGCCGUGCGGGCACAACUUCUGCCAGCAGUGCAUCAGCGACCACUGGGACAGGCAAGAGCAGGAGGCCGCCAGGGCCGAGAAGGGCUACACGUGUCCCGACUGCCGCAAGAGCUUCAAGCGGCGCCCGGAGCUGAAGAAGAACGUGACCCUGUGCGGCGUGGUGGAGCUGGCGCGGGCGGGCGAGGCGCAGGCCGCGGGCGCCGAGGGGCGCGAGGCGGUGCAGGGUGGCCGGUGUCGGCGGCACGGGCGCCCGCUGGAGCUCUACUGCGAGGACGAGCGGCGGUGCAUCUGCUGCGUCUGCACCGUGCGGCAGUGCCAGAGCCACCGGCGGGUGCUCUUCGAGGAGGAGCGCUCGAAAAAGCAGGCCCUUCUGAGAGAGUCCUUGGAAAAAGCCCAGCAGGAGUCGGAGAGGAUCGAGCAGGCGAUGCAGGAGCUGGAGAAGCAGACGUGCAGCAUCAAGGACUCCUCCGAGAGCCUCAAGUUGAUGGUUCUGAAAAAAUUUGGCCACCUGGAGAAAGCCCUGAAGGACUGCCAGUGGCAAACGGUGGCCAGGAUCGAGCAAGAGCAAGCAGCGGCGCUGGGGCAAGUGGAAGAGAACUGGAGCCACCUGAAGAACUGCCUGGACACCCUCAGCCACCACAAGGAGAAGGCACAGGACCUGCUGGCUUGCGCCAACGACCAGACGUUCCUUGAGGAAUUUCCCCUGCUGCCCUCUCCGGAGAGCCCGGAGGCAUUGCCCCCCGUGGAGUUCAAUGUGGGCAUGAUAGAGCCCAUCACUGAGAUCCUCACGGACAUCUCCAAGCUCUUGCUGGAAGACUUGCCCAGCUCUGUGGCCCCCAAAGCUGCGGACCCCGUAGCCCCAGGUCUGGUCCAGCCCGAGGUGCCCGUGGUGGCGAAGGCGGUGGCCCCUCUCCCCAAGUGCCAGCUCCGAGCUGAGCUUCUGAAGGACCACCGAAACCUGACCUUCGACGCCGAGACGGCCAACAAGUACCUGCGGCUGUCGAGCAGGAACCAGAAGGCCAAGCACCCGCGCGGCGCCGGCAGCCCGCGGCGGGACCACGCCGCCCGCUUCGAGCUGUGGCAGGCGCUGUGCACGCAGGGCUACGGCCACGGCCGCCACUACUGGGAGGUGAAGCUCUCCGGCCACUCCGUCAUCGUGGGGGUGACGUACCGCGGCCUCCCCCGCAAGCGGCAGCCGGGCCACAAGUUCAACAUCGGCCUGGACGGCGGGUCGUGGGGGCUGCAGGUGCGGGAAGACUGUUACCUAGCCUGGCACAAGGGCCGCUCCGAGAAAAUCCAGGAGCGCCUGUACGAGUACCUGGGGGUCAGCCUGGAUUACGGCAAGGGCGUCCUUUCCUUCUACGGCCUCGGGGACAGGACGCAGCUCAUCCACACUUUCCACCACAUCUUCACGGAGCCCCUCUACCCCGUCUUCUGGCUCUGCGAGGGCCGAACGGUCACGCUGUGCCAGCGGGACUAUCCCGAGGAGGGGGCAGACCCCGGGGGAGGAAGGUCCCCGCAGAGGAGCAGCAGAUGCGGCGCCCACGGGGAGCGCGAGGCAGCAGCCCCGGGCGAGCGGCGGCGCCGCGCUGCGCCCCGACGGCUGCGGCGCUGGCGGGGCCGGGGGGCGGCGCGGCGGGGCGGGGCGAGGCGGGGCGCGGCGGCCGCCCGCCCCCUCGGCGCCGGGGCCGGGACCGGGGCCGCGGGGCGCGCAGGGAUGGAGGCCGCGCCCGGGAGCGCCCCGCCGCCCCCCGCCGUCGCUGCCACCGCCGCGGCGCUGCGGCUGGCCCUGGCGGCGCCGGGGCUGCCCGACGGCCCCUUCGGCUGCCCCAUCUGCCUCGACCUGCUCAAGGACCCGGUGACGGUGCCGUGCGGCCACAACUUCUGCCAGGGCUGCCUGGGGGCGCUCCGCGAGCGGCCCGGCGCCGGCGCCGACGGGGCGGCCGCCGCCCGCUGCCCGCUGUGCCAGGAGCCCUUCCCGGCGGCGCUGCGGCUCCGCAAGAACCGCGCCCUCUGCGAGGUGCUGCCGCUGCUGGGCGCCGCGGCCGCCUCCCCGCCCGGGGGCAGCCCGCCGCCGCUGCCGGGGCCGGGGCCGCAGCCGGGGUCGCCGCCGGGGUCGCUGCCGGGGUCGCCGAUGGCGCCGGGCGCCGAGGAGGAGGAGGAGGCGGCGGCGGCGGCGGCGGUGCUGUGCGACGUGUGCCCGGCGGGGGCGCGGGCGGCGGCGGCGCGCUCGUGCCUCGUGUGCCUGGCGUCCUUCUGCGGGCCGCACCUGGAGCCGCACCGCCGCGCCGCCGCCUUCCGCGCCCACCGCCUCGUGCCGCCGCUGCGGCGCCUGGAGGAGGGUCUCUGCCCGCGCCACCUGCAGCCCCUCGACGGCUUCUGCCGCGCCGAGCAGGCCUGCGUGUGCGCCCGCUGCCGCGCCCACGAGCACCGCGCCCACGACGUGGUGCCCCUCGAGCGGGAGCGCGAGCACAAGGAGGCCCAGCGAGCCAAAUUCCUGAGCGAUGUCGAGAACGAGCUGGAGGAGCUGGCGGUCACCAUCACGCAGACCAGGAAGAUGGUGGAGCUCAUUAAGGGUGCCGCCAGCAAGGAGAGGGAGAGAGUGGAGAAGCUCUUCGCAGAAGCCUCCAAGGUGCUGGCGACCUUCCAGAAGGAGGUGGUGGGUUUCAUCGAGGACGGGGAGCGCUCCAUGCUGGCGGAGGCAGAGGCCAGUCUCCAGCAGAAGGAGGAGAGGCGAGCCAAGCUGGCCCAGUGCAAGCAGAACCUGGAGAACGUCCCCAGCACAGACACCAUCUACUUCCUCCAGGAGUUUCAGGCCCUAAAAAUAGCCAUGGAAGAAAAUCUCUCCCCUGCUCCGAGCUUCCAGAACGAGCUGAGCUUCACCAAAUCGGCCCAAGCCGUGUGCGCGGUGAAGGAUGUGCUGUCCGACGCCUGCAAAAACCAGUGGGACCACUUGCUGGGGAAAGAAGUUGAUGGGCUGAUCUUCCAGGAGAUGGAGGAAGCGGUGGCCGAGUCCCAGUUUCCAGAGAAGUCGAACAGUCCCGCCUGCCUGGAGGGCCGUGAUUACUUCCUGAAAUUUGCCUUCGUGAUUGACCUGGACAGCGACACGGCCGACAAGUUCAUCCAGCUGUUCGGCACCAAAGGGGCCAAGCGAGUGCUUUGCCCCAUCCCCUACCCGGAGCGCGUGACCCGGUUCAUCAACUGCGAGCAGGUGCUGGGCGAGAACCUCAUGAACCGCGGCAACUAUUACUGGGAGGUGGAGCUCAUCGACGGCUGGGUCAGCAUCGGCAUCGUCACGGAUGAUUUCAACCCCCGGGAGUCCUACGACCGCGGGCGCCUGGGGCGGAACGAGAAGUCCUGCUGCCUGCAGUGGAACGGUCAGAACUACGUGGCCUGGUUUGGUGGCUUUGAGUCUGUCAUCCAGCAGCCGUUUUUCCACACCAUCGGGGUCUUCCUGGAGUACUCGGAGAAGGCCCUGACGUUCUACGGAGUCAAGGACUCCAAGAUGACCUGCCUGCAGCAGCUCAAGGUCUCCCGUUUUAAGAAGGGUCAGUUUGAUGCUUUCCAGAACAAGAUCAACUGCAGAUUCCCCUCUCUCUUCUCCUACAACCUGAAAGCAGCCUUCUUCCUGGAGAGCGUCGAUGCCCACCUGCAGAUCGGGCCACUGAAGAAAGAUUGCGUUUCGGUACUAAAGCGCAGGCUCCCACCCGUGAAGCGCAGCGUUCCCAGGGUGUCCAUGCGAACACCACACAGCCGUCUAAAAAAGGAAGCCAGACAGACCGCUGCCAAGUCAAGCAGGCUCCAAGCAACUUAAAUUGCUUUAUUAUAUGUGAUCAGAGGAACACGUAAUCAGAUGAUUAACAGGUUUCUCAACGCUUCAAAAAAUUUUCCCGAAAAGGAGGAGAGCGGAUCUUCGGAUUAUCCCUAUUGCUCCCUAUAGAAAACAUAAAAAGGAGGUUUAAUAAUACAUGAACGGUGACUUUUAGCCCAGUAAAAGUAAUGCUGAUUAUAAAGCGAUUAUAAAACUGUUGA